GAAUGUAGAUAGAGAGAGAGAUCGAUGCAGUAGAAAUGGGUCCAUUGUCCUCUAAAUGGUUUCAAAACCUUUUUCAGUAAGGACACGAUCCGCCUCUGCCGCUCCACUCACCACUGCUUUUCCUCCUUCUUCUUCUUCUUCUCUCGGCGGUGUAGAAAACAUGGAAGAUCAAUACGGCAUGGCCGAUCUGCGCCACUACAUCAACGGCCGCCCUUUAUUCCCCCAAAUCCAGUCUCCGCCUGACUUACUCUCCGCCCACCGCGCCGCCCACCCUUACGACAUGCUCAUCUUCACCUCCGAUUCCGCCGCCGCCGCAGCCAAUAACAACGCCGCCGCUAACAGCAACGCCUUCGAGAGCGGCGGCGCAGGGAGAUGGCCGCGCCAGGAGACGCUGAAUCUUCUGGAGAUCAGAUCGAGACUGGAUCCCAAAUUCAAGGAGGCCAACCAAAAGGGCCCCUUGUGGGAUGAAGUCUCAAGGAUAAUGUGUGAGGAGCAUGGCUACCAGAGGAGCAGCAAGAAAUGCAGAGAGAAAUUCGAGAAUUUGUACAAAUAUUACAAGAAGACCAAAGAAGGCAAGGCCGGCAGACAAGACGGCAAGCACUACAGAUUUUUCCGGCAGCUCGAAGCUCUCUACGGCACCACCGAAGCUAACAUUAGUUCAGUUUCAAUUUCGGAAGCAGCUCAUCACACUUCAGGUCCAACUCCAAAGGCCUCCGACACGAGCCUCAGCCUCUCCAAUUACUCAGACGCCGACACGAGCUCUUCCGACGACAGCGACGAUACGAAGAAGAGCGGGUGGAAGGUCAAAAUUAGGGAUUUCAUCGACGCGCAGAUGAAGAGGCUGAUGGAGAAGCAGGAGGCAUGGAUGGAGAAGAUGGUGAGGAUGAUCGAGGAGAAGGAGAGGGAGAGGGCGGCGAGAGAGGAGGAGUGGCGGAAACACGACGCCGCCAGGAUCGAGAGAGAGCACAGGUUCUGGGCGGGCGAGCGCGCGUGGAUCGAAGCGCGCGACGCCGCCUUGAUGAACGCCUUGCACAAGCUCACCGGGAAAGAGAGCCACUGGACGGAAUGCGAGAUCAGCAAGCUGAUCCAGCUGGCGACGGAGAUGGAGGGGAGAUUCGAUGAGGAGAUGGUUUGGGAGGAGAUCGCGGCGAAGAUGGGGUGUUUUGGGCAUGAGAGGAGCGCUGCGGCUUGCAAGGAGAAAUGGGAAAGCAUCCAUAAUUAUGUGAACAAGAAGAGAAGAGAUAGCAACAGCAAUUAUCAAAGCAAUGUUUAUUGUGAGCAAGGCUUGAACAAUGAUCAUGGAAGCUCCUCGUCGGCAGCGACGGGCAUUAGCGAGAGCUGCUUCAGGUACUUCAUGGGAGAUGCUUAUUGAUUGAUGAAUGCAGUUAGUUCCAGCAGUAGACGCCGACUAGGUGAGGAUCUAACUGCAUAAGGUUAGUAUGAAGACUUAAUUGCUGCACUUAAUUUGUAGUAGUAAUAAUGAUUUAAGCUUUUGAUUAUGUGUUUUUUUUGGGGGGAGGAUGAAUGGUUGAAUAACUAUUGCGAGGAACUAAUAUUAAUUUUUAUUUUAUUA